UGAGGAUGGCCUGGGCCUGUGUCAGGGACCUUGGGGUCCUUUGAGGGACCCUUUGUGACAGAUUUAAAUGGGGGUCCUCUGGGCCUGGGCUCUGGGUCCCUCCCAGAAGGGCAUUUCUGUGCCAGGAUGGCCCUGGGCUGUGUCUCGGGGGUCUCUCAGGGUCCCUCUCCUCUUCUUCUGGGGCUCCCUGCUGCCUUUCGAGGAGGAGGAGGAGGCCUUUUGUGGUGUCGGGAGCGCGCGGGAGGCGGGAGCGCGCCCCGCCUGGACCCUCCUUCCUUCCCUCCUUCCUUGGUUCCCUCUGGCAGAAAGAGAGGGAAGGAGGGAGGGAAGGAAGGAGGGUGCCUGGGGGGCUCCUGGCCGGAGGGCGACGCAGGAGGAGGAGAAGGAAGAGGAAGGGGACCACCGCUGCCAUGGAGGGGGGGCAAGAUGGCUGUCAGCAUCAACAAGGCCAUUAAUGCUCAGGAAGUGGCUGUCAAAGAGAAGCAUGCCAGGACCUGCAUCCUGGGAACACACCAUGAGAAGGGGGCCCACACUUUCUGGUCUGUCGUGAACCGCCUGCCCCUCUCCAGCAAUGCCGUCCUCUGCUGGAAGUUUUGCCAUGUCUUCCACAAGCUGCUCCGCGAUGGACAUUCAAACGUUUUGAAGGAUUCUGUGAGGUAUAAGAGUGAGCUGAGCGACAUGAGCCGCAUGUGGGGCCACCUGAGCGAAGGCUAUGGGCAGCUGUGCAGCAUCUACCUCAAACUGCUGAGAACCAAGAUGGAGUUCCACACAAAAAACCCCCGCUUUCCUGGAAACCUCCAGAUGUCAGACAGGCAGCUUGAUGAGACGGGCGAGAAUGACGUGAACAACUUUUUCCAGCUCACUGUGGAGAUGUUUGAUUACCUGGAGUGUGAGCUGACCCUCUUCCAGACAGUGUUCAGCUCCCUGGACAUGUCUCGCUCGGUGUCGGUCACAGCCACUGGCCAGUGCCGCUUGGCUCCACUGAUCCAGGUCAUUCUGGACUGCAGCCACCUCUAUGACUACACAGUGAAACUCCUCUUCAAGCUCCACUCCUGCCUCCCGGCUGACACACUCCAAGGCCACAGGGACCGUUUCCUGGAGCAGUUCAAAAAGCUGAAGGACCUUUUCUAUCGCUCCAGCAACCUGCAAUAUUUCAAGCGUCUGAUUCAGAUCCCACAGCUGCCUGAGAAUCCCCCCAAUUUCCUGCGGGCCUCAGCGCUCUCAGAGCACAUCAGCCCCGUUGUGGUAAUUCCCGUGGAAGCCUCCUCUCCCGACAGCGAGCCCAUCAUGGAUCUUGUGGAGAUGGAAACGUCUUCCCAGCAGAACCUCUUUGACAACAAAUUUGACGACAUCUUCGGCAGUUCGUUCAGCAGUGACCCAUUCAACUUCAACAGCCAAAAUGGGAUGACCAAAGAUGAUAAGGACCGGCUCAUUGAGCAGCUGCACCGGGAGAUCAGUGCCCUCAAGGAGGAGCUGAGCAACUUCAAGGCAGAGAGCCAUCGCUUGGUGGUGCAGCUGAAGGGGCGCAUCAGUGAGCUGGAAGCCGAGCUGGCAGAGCAGCAGCACCUGAAGCAGCAGGCCCUGGAUGAGAGCGACUUCCUGCGCACAGAGCUGGACGACCUGAAGAAGCGGCACGAAGACACUGAGAAGGCCCAGCGCAGCCUCACUGAAAUCGAGCGGAAAGCGCAAGCGACGGAGCAGCGCUACACGAAGCUCAAGGAGAAAUACAGUGAGCUCGUGCAGAACCAUGCGGAUCUCCUGCGCAAGAACGCAGAAGUCACCAGACAAGUGACAGUGGCCAGGCAAGUCCAGGGAGAUGCAGAGCGGGAUAAGAAGGAGCUGGAGGAUUCCCUCCACCGCCUGAGUGACCAGGCCCAGCGGAAGACUCAAGAGCAGGCAGAAGUCUUGGAAACCUUGCGGAGGGAGCUCCUGGCCAACAAACAGGAGGUCCAGGCCCUUAGGGGCACCCUGGAGUCCAGUGUACAGUCUGAAGCGGAGCACAGCACUUUGCUGGCCAACUUGCAACAGGAGCGGGCAACUCUUGCUGAUACUGUCAAUCAGCGUGACCAGCAAGUGGCCGCCUUGGAGGCCGGAGUCCAGCAGCUGAAGGCCACCCUGGAGAGCCAGGCCGAGAGCAGCAGGAAGGCCACCCAGGAGCUACAGAGUCGCCUGCAGGAGAAGGAGCGCGACACAAAGGCCCUCCAGGAGCAGCUUCUGGGCAAGCAGUUUGCCCUCCUGCAGUGCACUGUGAAAGAGGCUGAGAAGAUGGUGCAGGAUGCGCUGAACCGACUCGAGGACCCUGCGCACGUCAGCUGCACCAGUUCGGCAGACUACCUUCUGUCCAGGACCGUUGCAGCUUCUGAAUGCACCGAGCGGCUACAGGAGGCAUGCAGCCAGUACCUUUCUGACCAGUCAGAUGUGGGGACCUUGCUGCCCUGCGUGUCUCUCUUUGCCCACCUGAUGGGCGAUACCAUCCUGCAGGCAAGCGCCACCUCGCACAUGGCCCCCAUGGAGUCUGCUGACCUGCUCUUGGAGGCCAGCAGGCAGUGUGGGGCGGAGGCGCUGGGCUACCUUGGGGCUCUGAAGGACAGGGCUACGCUGGAAGGGGCUGACUGCGCCAGUGUCAGGACGUGCCUCAGCCGGAUUGCUGCCAUUGGAGAGGACCUGCGUCCAAAAGGCCUUGAUGUGGAACAGGAGAGACUGGGGGACCUGGUGGACCAAGAGAUGGCGGCCACGGCAGCGGCCAUUGAAACUGCAGCCACCAGGAUCGAGGAGAUGCUGAGCAAGUCGCGGGCCGGAGACACCGGAGUCAAGCUGGAGGUCAAUGAGAGGAUCCUGGGCUCCUGCACAGAGUUAAUGCAAGCCAUCCAGGUCCUGGUCUUGGCUUCCAAGGACCUCCAGCGAGAGAUUGUGGAGAGCGGAAGGGGAGCAGCGUCCCCCAAGGAGUUUUACGCCAGGAACUCCCGCUGGACAGAGGGCCUGAUCUCUGCCUCCAAGGCUGUCGGCUGGGGAGCCACUGUCCUGGUGGAUGCCGCCGACCUGGUGGUCCAAGGCAAAGGGAAGUUUGAGGAGCUCAUGGUCUGCUCACAUGAAAUUGCUGCCAGCACAGCUCAGCUUGUGGCCGCUUCCAAGGUGAAAGCAGAUAAGGACAGCGCCAACCUCAGCAAGCUGCAGGUGGCCUCUCGGGGAGUCAACCAAGCCACGGCCAGAGUGGUGGCCUGCACCAAGUCAGGGAAGUCCCAGAUCCAGGAGACAGACAGCAUGGACUUCUCCGCCAUGACGCUGACGCAGAUCAAGCGCCAAGAAAUGGACUCCCAGGUCCGGGUCUUGGAGCUGGAGAGCCAGCUGCAGAAGGAGCGCCAGCACCUGGGGGACCUCCGCCGGAAGCACUACGAAUUGGCUGGAGUCGCUGAGGGCUGGGAUGAGAAUGGUGCCAACUUUGCCCCCUGAGGAGGCAGCCAGAGAAGAGCCUCCUCCUUCUCUUCCUCCUCCUCUUCCUCCUGGCAGGACUUCUGUUCCGGCCAGAGCAAGGGACUCUUUGGGAAUGCGACCGCCAAGGCCUCUGCUGACCGAGAGGACUUUCCACUCUGAGGCCAGCCAUGCCAGAGGUGGGGAUGGAGAUCUUCCUGCAGGGUGCCCAGGGGCAGCGGCAAAGGUGGGGCCAGGGUGGGCAGGGGUCCUGUCCUGUGGGGCCCUGUGGCCUCUGGGCUCAGCUGGCUUUCCUUUCCUCCUUCCUCCCCUGCUCAGCCCACAGUUCGGUCCCUUCUUUACCUGCCGCUGAGCAACCAGCCUCACCCCACAGUCCUCUCUGUGAAGGCUGCCUGGCCUCUGCCAGAAAGGUGUGCUGCUUCUGCCUGGCUGCUGGCGCCCACCUUUCUUGUAGCUUCAGAGCAGUUUACUGUGUUUUCAGCCAGCAAUAAACAGCUGAGAUUCUUACAGGGAGGGGAGGCAAGGGCUGUAGACAGGGAAGGGGAGCCAUGGUUUUUGUUUUUGGGACAUCCUGGGGCUCCAGAUGCCCACCAGCUAGUCACCCCUUUGCCAUGGCACAGACUUUGGGAACAAAGCAGGCACUGCCUCAUGCCGGGUGAGUGAGGCUGGUGUCUGGCCGGCCAGGCCACCCUCCCUUGGCAUAUCGUUUGGCCUGUCAGCCAGUCUUAAGAAGGGAAAGUGGCACCCAGGACAGGAGCCAUUGCUGCAGGCAGCUGGGCUGCUGUGGCUGCAGAAGGAGCUUCCCCCUGGCAGCUGCCAACCCCUCAUGAUCACUGUGAGCCUCAAAGGGAAGACCCCCCCACAACUGCUAAAGGAAGAGAGGAAUGGGGCUAAUGUCCCAAAUGUGUCCCUUCACUGAGCUGGGCUUGCUCUUCCUCUCUGGGAGGCAGAGGCCUUCACCAGAGGAGGAGGAGGAGGCAGCAGUGCUAGCCUAGCCCUGGGCCAUUUGAAGCCAGGCUGGUAGCCGCCAGCUAGGAGGUGCCUCUUCUGAUUCCUGCCAAGCCCCUGGCUGGCCAGUGCCACUUUCAGCCGGACAAGCCUGGGAGCCUCCAGGCAGAGGACCUGUCCUGUCUCUGCCCUCCUCCUCCAUGUGCCCACAGGGCUGGUGCCGCCUUGUCAGGGAGGCAACCCAAUGGAGGUUCCCACACAGUGCCCUCUGAGGCUGUGUACCCCCUCUCCUCACUGCAGGCCCCCGGUUCCAGCCAGCAAGGCUGGGCGCUUCAGGCUGCAGCCCAAGCAGGGGUGCCUGGCUCUGGAUGGCUCCCGAGGGCGGCUGGUGCUGCUUUGGAGCCUCUAUUGGCUCUAACAUGGGCUAGGCACACUCUCCCUUGACCCAGGUGCCUGGGCAUUGCCCUCCUGCCCCAAAGUCACACCCGGAGGGCCUGUUUCUCGCACACUGCCAUGGGGAGGAGAGGGUACUGUGGGGUCCUUGUUCUCCUCUAGGGUCUUCUGUUGGCCUCUGCCCCCCCCCCCCUUCCCUGGCCCCCCCUCCCACAAGCGUUGUUUAGACCAACAGCCUCUUAUCAAAUCAUCGGUGCCUGUUAUGCUCCAGCCGCCGGGCUGGUAGCCCAAGAACCAAAUAGCCCUCUGCCCACCGUCAGCACGAAUGAGGCUGUGCCUGCUGCUGGCUGCCUCCAUCUCCAGAACAAGCCUAUUGCCCAUGAAGGGGGCAGAGGGAGGAGUGGGGGGCAGGCAGGUGGUCAAGGCGGGUGGCCAGCCCUGAGGCAGCCCCCUCGCAGCCCUUCCAGGGCCAACGCUUCUGCCUCCAAACUACCUCAGGUUUUCAGGCUGAGUGUCCAAAUGCCUUGGGAGGCAAAAGAAGGGAUGAGGAGGCAGGCGUGCCCGCUCUCUCUUGCCAACACUCAAGUGGCUGCCCUGGCGCUUGCUGCUUCUCUUCUCCUUUUAAAAAAGCUAUUCCUGAGGGUGGAGCGGGGUGGUCUGUCUCCCAUAAGUGACCAGAAAUGCUUCACCGCGUAGGCCUGGCAGUGGUGGGGAGGGUGCCCCUCUGCCCAGCCAUUGAACCCGGGCAGCCAGUUGUCCUUUGCCCCCCCCCCCCCAAGACUUUUAAUUAUUGGAUUAAGUACAGGCUUCUCCCCCCCCAAAAAAAAAAUCCUCUUUGUAUAUUAUGUUGAAUGUGUGUUUUCAAUUUUUAAAUAAACAUUUCAGCCCGUG